AUGCAGGACAUACUGGAUCAGGAGAAGCCGGCGGCUGAUGAGGACCAAAAGCUUAUGGCUGUGGAGGCUCUGGACCGACGGAACAACUGGGAGCCGAGUGUCUUCUACUCAUUAGGAAAAGAAUCAUUCUUUUUGGUGGGACAUGACAUCGUAAUCAGGGAGUCUAUGGAUACAUAUGGUGCCUUGAUCUGGCCUGGGUGCAUUGCUCUGAGCCAUUUUUUAGAGAACAACCAACAACAAAUAAACCUUAUGGAUAAAGCAGUGCUUGAGAUUGGUGCUGGGACGGGGUUACUUUCUAUCGUCGCCAGUCUUUUAGGUGCCUGGGUGACAGCCACUGACAAGCCAGACAUUUUAUCCAACCUGACAUUUAACCUUUUGCGAAACACGAAGGGCCGUUCGCGGUACACUCCUCAGACGGCUGCUCUGACCUGGGGCCAGCACCUGGACAGAGACUUUCCCCACCCAGCCUUCCACUACGACUUUGUGCUGGCUGCAGAUGUGGUGUACCAUCACGAGUGUUUGGAGGAGCUGCUGAAGACCAUGCAUCACUUCUGCAGACCGGGCAGUGGCACCACUCUGCUGUGGGCCAACAAGAACCGCUUCCAGUCCGACCUGAGCUUCACCGAGCGCUUCAAGGAUAAUUUUAAUGCCACGCUACUGUGCGAGCUGCCACAGCAGGAGGUCAGAAUAUUUAUGGCCACAGCAAAGAGCCGCGAUGAUGUGGUGUAG